AUGACUGAGAUAGACUUGGAGUUUGAACAUCUGCACCCAAAUCUUGUACCACCUUUGAAGCCUUUUGCCAUGCACAGCACCAUACUUUAUAUACUUCUGGUCCCUGAAAGUGUUGGCCAUAUCCUGAUGGACAAGGAAUGCAAGAUGGAUAUUCAGGCUCCAAAAAAAAGGAGCAUAAGGAUGGUUAAAAGUGCUUUGACCCUUCAGGUUCUUCCACUGGUCGUUCUUCUAGGGAACACACAUUUAUGCGUGUCCCAUUUCUUCCUGACUGACCUGCUGAAUGAGGAGUCUGAUGUCUAUGAGUACGAAGACGAGCACAUACAACCGGAGCAGGACCCCUUCCUCUGGCAGUCCUCCGAAGACCCUGACUGGUUUGAGACAUUUUUUGGCUUCAGCGAUACCAUAACAGACCCGUGCUCCUCCAGUCCCUGCAAGAACAAUGGUAGGUGUGAAAACAGAGGAAGCAGCUUCAGCUGUCUCUGCCCCGAGCCUUAUGCUGGGACAAAGUGUGAGAAAGUGAAGAACAGGUGUCUGGAGAAGAGGUGCCAUAAUGGAGACUGCCUGAUUACAUUAACCCCACCUUAUUUUGAGUGCAGCUGCAACCAUCCCUACAAGACCCCUGACUGCAAAGGAGGAUCUUCACCUUGCAGACCAAACCCUUGCAAAAAUGGAGGUACUUGCAUAAGGCAUAGAAUCAGAUCAAAAUUCACCUGCAAGUGCCCCAAACCGUUCAGAGGGAGAUUCUGUGAGAUCGGACUGGAUGAUUGUUACGAAGAGUUCUCCUCCAAGUACAGAGGAAGCGUGAACCAUGCAGUGAAUGGCAAGACCUGCCUGCACUGGAAUUCCCAUGUUCUCUUGGACAACCCUAUUAAUGCCUUUAUGGAGGAUGCUGACUCUUACGGCAUCGGGGAACAUAACUUCUGCAGGAAUCCUGAUGAGGAUAUAAAACCCUGGUGCUACAUCAGAAAAAAUAACAAAGUGGAGUGGGAGUUCUGUGACGUUUCACCCUGCUCAGAAAGAGAGAACCUGUGGACAACUGACAGCCAAACAGACCCACCUGGAUCAAAUGAAAUAUUCAAAACAUGUGGACAACCAGAAAUUCCAAGGACUCUCAAAAGGAUCUAUGGUGGAGCUAAGACUACAGCUGGCAAACAUCCCUGGGUGGCAUCUCUGCAGCUAAAGACUGCAAGAAAGAGCUCACAUUUCUGUGGUGGAGUGCUAAUUAAAGCAUGCUGGGUUCUUACAGCGGGGCACUGCGUCGAAGAACCAGUGGAAAAUCUCCAAGUGGUCCUUGGAAAGCAAAACCUCAAAAAGCGAGAGCAUCAGGAGCAAAUAUUUGAUGUGGAGAAGAUCUUUGUACAUUCCAAAUACAGAGAGAAGGAUGGGGUCCCACACAAUGAUAUUGCAUUACUUAAACUGAAGCAAGUCGAUGGUCACUGUGCAGUGGAAACAAAGUACGUGAAAACAGUGUGUCUGCCUGACUUCUUCUUUCCUGCUGGGACUGACUGCUUCGUUUCUGGAUGGGGUGCGACAGAGACAGAUGAAGUAUCCCAUCAGCUGUUAGAUGCCAAUGUCAAGCUGAUUUCACAGAGGAGCUGCAACGCACCCAGUGUCUAUGAUCACGUACUGGACGAAAGCAUGUUCUGUGCAGGGAAUCUUCGGAGACCCAGAGCUGAUUCUUGCCAGGGAGACUCCGGAGGCCCACUGACUUGUGUAGAAAACGGCUCCUACUACGUCUAUGGCCUUGUGAGCUGGGGUGAUAAGUGUGGGCAAAAAAACAAGCCAGGAGUUUAUACUCAGGUGACAACAUUUCUCAGUUGGAUUAAAUCUAAAAUUCGGUCUGAGACAAGGACACUUCAUUAG